AUGAUUGAUGUCUUACUUCAAGUCCAGAGCCUGGUAUCACCGUUUGCCACGUUUGCUUCAUUUCAUCUACUCAGUGCUAGGGAGACCGACACGAUUACAUCAACGAUCGAUACUGCCAAGGAGAUGCUGAGGUCGGCAAAGCAGGCGCUGCCUGUCAAGCAACGACUCUUCCUCCAUCUGUUCUCCAAGACAGCCGUCGGCACGGCCUUCCUAACCCACGCCUGGUGCGGCGAUAAUACGAGCGGCCAUAGCCGGAAUGGUGAACACCCAGUGCAUAUGCUUUGGGGUCCGAAUUCCAAGCUGGCAGCACAAUCACUCACUCGGCAGUUUGCAACCGGUUAUCAUCGUCGAGUUAACGCUAGACUGGUUGAGGAUCUUGUCGCUUCUCUCGUUGAUGUGUUUGUUUGCUGUCACAACUCCUAUCGACACCGGUCUCAUGGUAACACAUGCAACGUACACCACAUUUCUCAUAGUUGCAUCCUCCAUAGCACCCGUGUGUUUCUCAUGGCGAGCGACAAGCAGACCGACCCAGCCCGUGUAGAUCGCGAGCAGCCCAUGGUCCCCGGCCGUGGUCGGGUCAUGCCGGCCCUUUCUAGGCACAAUACAUGGAACACCAGCGGCACAACGUUCCGAUGCGGGCUCACUGGGACGUUCUCGGCCGGCCAAACGCUGUCGCGAAGAGGUUAUACUGUGGGACUGAUUUGUGCACUCCACAUUGAGCUCGCCGCCGUUCGAGAUAUGCUCGAUGAGAUCCACGCGGAUUUGCCUGCCCCCAGGUCAGACACCAAUACCUACAUCCUUGGCCGCAUGUGUUCUCGUAAUGUGGUGAUCACAUGUCUUCCGAACGGUAUCAUGGCCCUGUCACGGCCGCGUCAGCUGCUACUCAAAUGCUUUCGACCUUUCAGUCUAUUCGUUUCGGACUCAUAUAUCAGACGAGGUGAAGACGACCAAUUAUUCCAGGCCGACCAUAAACACUCGAGCCCGAAGGGAUCAUGCAGUAAUUGCAACAAGUGCUUUGUGAUUCCUCGGCCUCAAAGAGGUACGGAAUCUCCCCAAAUCCAUUACGUCCCAAUCGCCUCAGUUGCUCGAUUCGUAAAAGAUGCGGAGCUUAGAGAUCGUCUAGCAUCGAAACUUGUGAAUCUCUGCUUUGAGAUGGAAGCUGCCGGGUUGGUGGAUAACUUUCCUUGCCUGAUAAUCCGGGGAAUCUCUGACUAUGCUGAUUCGCACAAGAACAACCACUGGCAUGGUUAUACAGCUGCCACAGCCGCCGCGUAUGCGAAGGAGCUGCUCUCGGUGAUUACCCAGGAGGAAGUUGAGAACGAGUGCGUGAUCUCUCAACUUUAUUGA